AUGAGAGUGAAUGAAGAGGACAACAAUGGAAUGAGUAGAAAGUGUGAGGAAUGGUGAGAUUGAAGGAGAGCACUGAGUGGUUGAUACAAUGAGGAGUGCAUGGAGGAGAUAAGAACUACAGUAUUAAGGACUAUAACACCAGGCUACUGCCCCAUGAGGAGUCAUAAUACUUCGUCCAUGUCUGUGAAAGACUGUGGAGAAAGACUGAAAAUAAAUAUAUACAGUGCAUUCUGAAAGUAUUCAGACCCCUUGACUUUUUCCACAUUUUGUUACGUUACAGCCUUAUUCUAAAAUUGAUUUAAUUGUUUUUUUCCCUCAUCAUUCUACACACAAUACCUCAUAAUGGCAAAAAACGGAAAUAUCACAUUUACAUAAGUAUUCAGACCCUUUACUCAGUACUUUAUUGAAGCACUUUUGGCAGCGAUUACAGCCUCAAAUCUUCUUGGGUAUGAUGUUACAAGCUUGGCACACCUGUAUUUGGGGAGUUUCUCCCAUUUUUCUCUGCAGAUCCUCUCAAGCUCUGUUAGGUUGGAUGGGGAGCGUCGCUGCACAGCUAUUUCCAGGUCUCUCCAGAGAUGUUUGAUCAGGUUCAAAUCUGGGCUCUGGCUGGGCCACUCAAGGACAUUGAGACUUGUCCUGAAGCCACUCCUGCAUUGUCUUGGCAGUGUGCUUAGGGUUGUUAUUCUGUUGGAAGGUGAACCUUCGCCCCAGUCUGAGGUCCUGAGCGCUCUGGAGCAGGUUUUCAUCAAGGAUCUCUCUGUACUUUGCUCUGUUCAUCAUUCCCUCAAUCCUGACUAGUCUCUCAGUCCCUGCCGCUCAAACACAUCGCCACAGCAUGCUGCUGCCACCACCAUGCUUCACCGUAGAGAUGGUACCAGGUUUCCUCCAGACUUGACGCUUGGCAUUCAGGUCCAAGAGUUCAAUCUUAGUUUUAUCAGACCAGAGAAUCUUGUUUCUCAUGGUCUGAGAGUCCUUUAGGUGCCUUUUGGCAAACUCCAAGUGGCCUGUCAUGUGCCUUUUACUGAGGAGUGGCUUCCGUCUGGCCACUCUACCAUAAAGGCCUGAUUGGUGGAGUGCUGCAGAGAUGGUUGUCCUUCUGGAAGGUUCUCCCAUCUCCACAGAGGAACUCUGGAGCUCUGUCAGAGUGACUAUCAGGUUCUUGGUCACCUCCCUGACCAAGGCCCUUCUCCCCCGAUUGCUCAGUUCUGCCGGGCGGCCAGCUCUAGGAAGAGUCUUGGUGGUUCCAAACUUCUUCCAUUUAAGAAUGAUGGAGGCUACUGUGUUCUUGAGGACCUUCAAUGCUGUAGACAUUUUUUGGUACCCUUCCCCAGAUCUGUGCCUCGACACAAUCCUGUCUCGGAACUCUACGGACAAUUCCUUUGACCUCAUGGCUUGGUUUUUGCUCUGAUAUGCACUGUCAACUGUGGGACCUUAUAUAGACAGGUGUGUGCCUUUCCAAAGCAUGUCCAAUCAAUUGAAUUUACCACAGGUGGACUCCAAUCAAGUUGUAGAAACAUCUCAAGGAUGAUCAAUGGAAACAGGAUGAACCUGAGCUCAAUUUCGAGUCUCAUAGCAAAGGGUCAGAAUACUUAUGUAAAUAAGGUAUUUCUGUUUUUUAUUUUUAAUACAUUUGCUAACAUUUCUAAAAACCUGUUUUCGCUUUGUCAUUAUGGGGUAUUGUGUGUAGAUUGCUGAGAAUGUUUAUUUAUUUAAUCCAUUUUAGAAUAAGGCUGUAACGUAACAAAAUGUGGAAAAAGUGAAGGGGUCUGAAUACUUUACGAAUGUACUGUAUACAGUAUAUUUAUGUUUUAUCCAUCUGACUAUAUUACUUGAGGGAUACAGAGAACAAAUGGGUUGGACAGGACUCCUGUAAAUGCCAAGCCCACCAGGGGGCAGUGUUUGCUUGGCCAACAGGGGGGCAACACUGACCAGUGGGAUCAACCCUCAGGGCACAGCAUAGGAGAGUGGAGCAGUAGGAAUGGGAGAGAGUUGAAAGGUGUGCGUGUGUGCACAUGCUUGUGUUUGUUGGGUAUGAGGUGGAGGCACAUAUGCUUCCCAUGUAUGCUUAUUCAAUUCUAUCAGAAGUCACCUGGGGUGAGAGUGAGUAUUGUUUGAGGGGAGAUAGAUAGCUGAGGGUAGUUCCCUUUAGGGGCUCCGGCACUGUGGUUCAGCUCUGUCCACCUCAGCAGCAUGGUCACAGUGCCUGCCUGGUCUGCAGGGGGGCUGUGCUGGCCUGCAUCAGGCUGCCUGACGGGGACCCCAGCUGGGAGAGGAGCUUCUCUCGCUGGCCCCUGGGCGUGUGUGACCACUUGGUGCCUGUCCAGGAGCCCUUCCACCCGGAGGAGUGGGCCUGCCGCACCCACUACAUCUACAUCUGGACCGAGCCACACAACAGAUACACAGUACACUACACAUACAGCCCAGAGGGCCCUCUGGAGGGGUGGGGGCCCCGCUCAGCAGGAGAAGCUUACAGUUCAUGGGGAGUCUGUGGUGUUCUGCUAGCUGCCAUGGAAAUGGUCAUAUUGUAUGCCAUAGCAUGACGAACAUGCUAGGCAAGUUAGUUAGGAAUCCAGUGAUCAUACACUUCUAUAGCACAAUAGGAAUCUUCUGUUCAGUGAUACUCUUUGGUGUUGACUUCUCUAUGUGGUCUUUCACAAUACUGGCAGAGACUUAACGGACGUUCCUACAGCAAGGUUUCCUCUGUUCUCCGUGCUCUGAUCCAGCAGCUCUUUCUGCGUUAUACCAAAGCAAGACAUUAGGCCUUCAGCCAUUUGAAAUGAGACUGAAGAUGAAACAUAAUGAGUUUCUUAUUGCGUUUUGUCAAUAAGUGUGUCAAAAGUGGAAUUAGUCAAAGCUCCGUAUUCUGUUGCCGUUGCCAGCAGUCCCUCAUUCACUGCGAUAAUCAUGGCUGAAUACUGUGACAUUAUUUCCUUUGCCCUCACUACAAGCGUGUCCGUCGAUGCCCGCAAGCCAAAUAUUAGCUCGGAACCCUGCUAAAAUAUUAUUUUGAAGAAGAGGUCGUGUUUAUACGCAACAACAUGAAACAGGAUAUAUGGUUCCUUCCAUGUCUAAUGUGUUGGUAUUAUUGUUGCUCAACAGUACUGUACUGUAUAUUCACAUUGGGUUUAUGAAAACCUAAACCUGCACACUUUGAACAAUGUAUAUUAACAUCCAUAAUGAUACAGAAUUAAUAUGAUUGUGUGGAAGGAAUGAUGCAUAAGAAAAGCCCUAGGGGUGUUGAGAUAAAGAGCUGUUUUUGUGUCUGGUUCCAGUUUCCACCCAGGGUCCUGGGAGAGGGUGGCUAACGAGGAGAUGUGGCAGGCCAGGUACAGUAAAGAGUUAACAUUGAAAACACUGACUCCCUUUUCUCUUUUACGGUCACUGUAUAUAUGUAUAGUUUACAGAUAGAGCCUCUAUGACAGAUCACCCUAAUCUGCUAGCUAAAACAUCUACAUAACCCACUCUGGUGUGGUAGAGCACCAGCUAUUCUACAUGAAAUGCUGUUGUGUAGCUAGCAUCUACAUAAAUCACUCUUUUCUGCUAGUGCAUCUCUGUGGAUAAAUCUCCACGGUUCAUCCAUCCAUCCAGCACUUAGCCCUGAGCCUGUGAUAUGUUCUGUUUGUUUCAGGAUGAAGACUGCUUUCUUUCUGUUUGACCUAGCUGAGAGGAUCCAGGGAGAGGGGAAAGAUCGCCUGUUUGAGCUCUCCUACACUGUGAGGCAGUCCUCCCAUAGCAAAUAAAUAGGAGGAUGAGCAUGAACCAUAAUCGCAUAGCUUAGAAGUACAAUAUAUGGUCAAUAAUUGUAUAUUGGUGCUUGUUAUGGUCAUUGUAUACAAGUUGUGUUCUUUGUGAUUGACAGCUGUAUAAGGAGAUCGUGGAGAGGCACACAGACUACCCUCCCAACUGGGAUAGGAACCUGGCCCUGGCCAGCGAGAAGCUCCUGCGCUCGGGGAAACAGGGCCACAGCCCUGACAGCCUGCUGACCUGCAGCAUCCAGCACUUCAGCAUGUACCUGGACAAGGAGCCCACGGACUCCCAGGCCCCCGCCAUCCGCACCGCCGUCUCCCACCUGCUGCAGGAGAGGACCAGGGUCCGGCAGAGACGCACCCCCUGA